CUUAUUAAGACUUGGAUUCUAUAAUGAUUAUAGAAUUAAUAGGCUAUUCAAGUUGGUUACUUGUAGAGAUUGUGGUAAAGAAUUAGACUUAAUUGUCACUUGUUUAAAUUGUGAUAAAGAAUAUGACUUAAUUUUUGAUUAUUUUAUAUUGA